AUGUCUACCCAAGCGUCAGAGACCAUUCAAAGUUCCCCGGAACUGACUGGGAGGCUCGAUAUGGAGAAUAGGAAGGCCGGUUCGGAGCAGAUACCACAGACUUCAGCCAUGCCAGAUUUUCCCGACGGCGGCACAAAGGCAUGGAUGGUGGUGUUUGGGUGUUGGUGUACAUCCUUUGCCUCAUUUGGGAUUGUCAACUCUUUCGGGAUAUACGAGACGUACUACCAGCAGGAGUACCUCAAGGGCUACUCACCGUCAACUAUCGCUUGGAUCGGCUCCAUCCAGGCCUUCGCGCAGUUCUCGGCUACCCUCAUCGGCGGACCUAUCACGGACCGCUGGGGACCCAUGUCGGUCAUCUGGCCAUUCUCACUUCUUCUGGUGGUUGCCAUGAUGCUCACGAGUCUGUGCAGCGAGUUCUAUCAGUUCCUCCUCUGCCAGGGGAUCCUCCUCGGCUUCUCUUGUGGCCUGAUCUUCGCGCCAGCACUGGCCGUCGUCGGCCACUACUUCUUCAAGAAGCGAGCCAUGGCUAUGGCAUACGCGUCAACUGGCUCACCCAUAGGCGGCAUCAUCUACCCAGUCGUACUGACGAACCUCAUCGACAACCCAAAUGUCGGGUUCGCGUGGGCGCAGCGCACAUGCGGCUUCAUCAGUCUCUCCCUCCUGCUCAUCUCCGCGGCCGCGAUCCGUCCACGUCCCGGGAUGAGGAGAAAGAGCAGCCUGAUAAUACUUGACGCCUUUAAGAAGCCCGCAUACUCUCUCCAAGUCGCCGGCCUAUUCUUGGUGGUCCUCGGGUUCUGGACGCCGUACUUUUACCUCGCCACGUACGCCGAGGCACAUGGCAUGUCGUCUGCCCUCGCGUCGUACCUUUUCGCAAUCAUCAACGCGGGCUCAUUCGCCGGUCGUGUUCUGGGUGGUACAUUUGCCCAGCACGCCGGCCAGUUCAACGUCACUACCUUGGCCUGUUACAGCUCCGCCGUAUUGCUAUUCUGCUGGCUGGCCAUCACUUCGUCUGCGGGACUGAUUGUGCUUUCGGUGCUUUUCGGGGGCACCAGUGGUGUUAUUAUUGCUCUGAUGAUGUCGACCGUGGCACACUGUGCACCGCAUCCUAGUCAGAUCGGUGCAUAUGUUGGCCAGUCCACCUUUGUCGUGGGCUUCGCAGGUCUUGCUGGCACACCUAUUACCGGAGCAUUGAUCAACAACUACAACGGGUACACUAGUGGCAUCGCCUUCAGUGCUGCUGUCAUGAUGGCAGGAGCUGUAGUCUUUACCGCUGCCCGCUACGCUUAUGCGCCGGGCAAGUUGAUCGCCUAG